AUGGCAUCCAUGAAAGUUUUCUUUGUGGCUUUGAUUAGUUUGUCCUUAAUUGAAGCUUUGUUUUUCCCCUCCAGUGGAGGAGGAGGAGAUUGCUGCUGUCAACAGCAACAGUCUUGCUGCGCUCCACCACCUCCACCUUCCUGUGGCUGUGGUUGCGGCGGUGGCGGUGGAUGCGGAGGAGGAUGUGGAGGAAGAAAGAAGAGAGAAAUCGGUCAUGUUAGAGGGCAUGUGACCAUGCUAGAGCACGGCGAUACUUUGAACGGACAAUGCAAUAGUUUGGAAAUCAGUGAAGUUAUCAAGAAGCACUUGAAUGGAACAUCAGCCAUGGCUGUUAAAUCAGCUAUCUAUGAAGAACUCAGUUCUAUCUAUCCAGAUGAUGCUUUCACUGUUCUUUGUGUGGACGGAACAGUCACUUAUCAAGCUGAUUCUCACAAAUACUGUGUAGAAGGAAACCGUGCCCACAACUGCUAUGUCUUUCUCACAUAA